AUGUCUCUGCCACAGCGACCCGACGCCUCCUCGCCGCGGCGGGAGCGGGAGCGGGACCAGCGACAUGUCUUUCGAGAGAACACGUCCUCGCGACGCCGCCGCACUUCCGACCUAGAGAACACGCGAUCGCACGAGCGCACGCCAAGUAAGACUGGCACCUAUUCCAUCACCAACCGACCGCUGCCCUCGCCGGGCACGCCCGUCCCAAUGGACCGCGACCCUAUGAUGACUGCUGCACCCCACGGCUCCCGUUCAAUCGAGCUGAACCGCAAGCGCAGCCUGGUCCGCCCCGAGCGGCAACGCAUCGACGAAAACCACCCCAACUAUCACUACCGGAAGCAUGCGAAGAAGAUGCCCGUCCACCCCUCGACGACAGGCAACGACCCCAUCAGAGAAAGCAGAGAAGAGUAUCCUGAGUCGGAGACUGUGAGCUCAGAGAGCACCGACGUGAAGCCCCCCCACCUUCGCAAUGCAUCCGGUGGAGGCUACAACGACAAGGAUGCUCCUCUGGAGGAGGAACCGCCCCACCAGCGAAGGCUGAAACGAAGCAAGACGCAGGACAAAUUGGAGAGGCAGCGUCAGAAAGAAAGGGACGCCUUGCGGCCGCCGAGCUUGUGGAACGUGUACUGUGCUAUCAUAACUUUCUGGUGUCCCAAUGUGGUUCUCAAGUGCUUCGGAAAGGUGCAGAAGGCCCAGCAGCGCGCCUGGAGAGAAAAGAUGGGGCUUUGCAGCAUCAUCAUCCUCAUUAUGACCGCCGUCGGUUAUCUCACUUUCGGUUUUACCGAGACCGUCUGUCCUGCUGGAGGCGGCGAGCGCCUACAAGUCAACAAGGUAGACACGGGCUUUUUAAUCAUCCACGGCAAGGCUUACAACCUCCUCAACUCGCAUCACCCAAGAGCUUUCGGCAUCCAAGAGGGGCAAAACGUCUUGUUCGACCUUUCGGAGAAGCACGGAGGACAAGACGCAAGUUUCCUGUUCCAGAACGUCAACGGAGCCUGCAAAGGGCUCAUCAACCUGGCACCUGGCUCGGAUGUGCCAACCAACGCGAACGGCGAUCUGGCGUGGUAUUUUCCCUGCAACCCUUUUAACCAGGAUGGCUCUACCAAGCCCAAUACGACUGUUGGUCGCUACCUUGGUUAUCAAUGUCACACCUCGUCUGACGCUCGAUCGGCUCUUUACAGCUUGCGCACCGCUGGAGAUGUGUAUUUCACUUGGGACGACAUCAAGAACAGUACUCGCAACCUUAUGGUUUGGGGCGGCGAUGUGCUGGAUCUGGACUUGCUCGAAUGGUUCAACAAGACCCAAGUCAGCGUGCCUGACAGCUUCGAGAAGAUCCGGACCAAUCCCGCAGUAAGAGGAGUGGAUGUGACGCGCGCGUUCUCCUCCAGCUCUGACAAGCAGCUCGCCAAGUGUCUGACACAGAUCGUGAAGGUCGGAUCCAUUGACACGGAGAGCAUUGGCUGCAUUGCCUCCAAGGUUGUACUUUAUGUCUCGCUAGUGUUCAUUCUUGCUAUCGUCUUAGCCAAAUUCGUACUAGCUCUGGCUUUCCAAUGGUUCAUCAGCAGACGGUUCGGCGCAACCAAGACUUCCUUAGGGCCUGUCGACUCGAAAGAGCGCAAAAAGCAGAUCGAGGAAUGGAGCGACGACAUCUACCGCCCCCCACCAAGGUUGUUGGACUCCGCCGGUCCUGACAGGAGCAGCAAGCGUGGUAGCAUCCUGCCGUCCACCUCUAGGUUCACCAGCCCUUACUCCAUGGAAAAAAAUGUCAAAACUCGCGCCCCUCCUACGACCAUGACUAGCCAGAGUGCCUCGCGUGUCCUCUCAAGCUAUGGUGGCAGUGGCAUGUACAAACAGGUCAACGCCAGUCAGGGAACACUGCCACUGGAUCAUAAAGCCCCAGGAAGCCGAUCUAGCCUCCUGCUUUCUGGAACGACUGAGCAGUACCGCUCAAGCGUUUACGGUGAGACUGAAGGUCCUGGUCCCGCUGGAUUUAUUCAUGAAGCUGUUGUACCACAACCACCACCUGAGUGGCAGCCAUUCGGCUACCCAUUGGCUCAUUCUAUCUGCCUGGUGACUGCGUACUCCGAGGGAGCUGAUGGUUUGCGAACCACACUGGACUCCAUUGCCACUACAGAUUACCCAAAUAGCCACAAGUUGAUCUUGGUCAUCUGCGAUGGUAUGAUCAAAGGUGCUGGGGAAGAUCUCACUACGCCAGAGAUUACUCUCGCUAUGAUGAAAGAUCAUGCGGUGCUGCCACACGAAGUUGUUCCUUUCUCGUACGUCGCCGUCGCAAGCGGUUCGAAGCGCCACAACAUGGCAAAGGUCUAUUCUGGAUUCUACGAUUAUGGCGAGAACACCCGCAUACCCACCGAAAAGCAACAACGCGUCCCAAUGAUGGUCAUAGUCAAGUGCGGAACUCCUGACGAAAAGAAGAAUUCUAAGCCUGGCAAUCGUGGAAAGCGAGACAGUCAGAUCAUUCUGAUGUCGUUCCUACAGAAGGUCAUGUUUGAUGAGCGUAUGACGGAACUUGAGUUUGAAAUGUUCAACGGCAUUUGGAAGAUCACUGGGAUUUCCCCCGACUUCUACGAAAUAGUGCUCAUGGUCGACGCGGACACUAAGGUUUUCCCUGACUCCCUAACGCAUAUGAUCUCCGCCAUGGUCAAGGACCCAGAGAUUAUGGGUCUCUGUGGAGAGACCAAGAUUGCCAACAAGCGAGAUUCGUGGGUUUCGAUGAUCCAAGUUUUCGAAUACUUCAUCUCCCACCACCUGUCCAAGUCAUUCGAAUCAGUUUUCGGUGGUGUUACCUGCCUUCCAGGAUGUUUCUGCAUGUACCGUGUCAAGGCCCCGAAAGGCGGUCAAAACUAUUGGGUCCCUAUCCUUGCCAAUCCUGAUGUCGUUGAGCAUUAUUCCGAGAACGUGGUUGACACGUUGCACAAGAAAAAUUUGCUCCUGCUCGGCGAGGAUCGGUAUCUGUCAACGCUGAUGCUCAAGACGUUCCCGAAGCGCAAGCAAGUCUUUGUGCCCCAGGCUGUCUGCAAGACCACGGUACCUGAACAGUUCAAGGUGCUUUUAUCGCAGCGAAGGCGAUGGAUCAAUAGUACGGUCCACAAUCUGAUGGAGUUGGUACUCGUGCGCGAUCUGUGCGGUACCUUCUGCUUCAGCAUGCAGUUCGUCGUCUUCAUUGAGCUUAUUGGUACUUUGGUACUGCCUGCCGCCAUCGCAUUCACUUUCUAUCUGAUCGCGAUCUCCAUCAAGGCCGCCGUGCUGCAUACCGCGGCACCUGUUAUCCCGCUGGUACUACUUGCCCUGAUUCUGGGUCUGCCUGCCGUCCUCAUCGUGGUCACUGCUCAUCGGUGGUCGUACGUGGCGUGGAUGUUUGUCUACCUGUUGUCGCUGCCCGUUUGGAAUUUCAUCCUGCCAACAUAUGCUUUCUGGAAGUUCGAUGACUUCAGUUGGGGUGAUACGCGCAAGACGGCAGGCGAGAAGACGAAGAAGGCAGGUCUUGAGUAUGAGGGCGAAUUUGAUAGCAGCAAGAUCACGAUGAAGCGGUGGCACGAUUUCGAAGCAGGUAAGCGCUCCACACAACAUGCGUUGAAGGUUCCGAUUAUGCAAGUCCAUUCACUGACUUUGUACCCUUGCAGAACGGAGACUUAA